CGUCUCCUAUUGGGUCCAGCGUUGAUGGCUGGACAGCAUAAAUAGCGCUUGAGGUGCGCUCCAGAAUGAGAUGAGUGGAGAGGCAGCACGGGAAGUGGGAGGCUCACUUCAUAGUAGCUGCUCAUAACUCACUGCAACUGUGCGUUACAGUGGCAACUGGACUCUUACUGAGCAGCGUCUGAACUCGCACUCUACUCACACAUUUUUUUUUGUCUUGUAUGCGCAUGUUUUUUCUUUCGUUAUUUUUUUUAAUAUAUAUAUAUAUAUAUAUUAAAUUACACUUCUAUAGGCCAUUAUUCCUGCCGGCAGUGUGAUCCAGGUUUGUCGGUCUUUCCCUAUCCUAUCUGCUGCAAACAGGUUGCAAGAAGGAAACAUUCCCCCUCGCGUCUUUCCGCUGCUUAUUUGAAUCGAUAGAAAGCUUGGUCAAGAUGAUGAUAAUUAUUGCAGAGUUCUUCGUAGUUAUUUUAAAGGUGCUCUUGGCUUUUUUAACCGCCGGAGCUAAGUGGAUUGUGCGACCAAAGGAGAAGAGCGUGGCGGGACAGGUGUGCUUGAUCACCGGGGCUGGAAGUGGCCUCGGGCGGCUGUUCGCCAAGGAGUUCGCCCGGAGACGAGCGAUACUGGUCUUAUGGGACAUAAACAGCCAAAGCAACGAAGAAACAGCGGAGAUGGUGCGCCAGAUAUACCAUGAACUGGAUACUCCCAUAACCAAAGACGGACCUGUUGGAGGGGUAGAGGAAGUCCCUCCUUUCCAGCCACAGGUCUACACCUAUGUGUGCGAUGUGGGAAAGCGCGAGAGUGUGUAUUCCACUGCUGAGAAGGUGCGUCGAGAGGUGGGAGAAGUCGACAUACUCAUCAACAAUGCUGGUGUCGUCUCUGGCCAUCACCUUCUGGAGUGCCCCGAUGAGCUGAUUGAGCGGACCAUGGUGGUCAACUGUCACGCACACUUCUGGACCACCAAGGCGUUUCUCCCCAAGAUGCUGGAGCUGAAUCAUGGUCACAUUGUGACAGUUGCCAGCUCCCUGGGUUUAUUUAGCACAGCUGGAGUGGAGGAUUACUGCGCCAGUAAGUUCGGUGCCAUUGGGUUCCACGAGUCACUGAGCCAUGAGCUUAAGGCCUCGGAGAAGGACGGCAUCAGCAUGACUCUGGUGUGCCCUUACCUGGUCGACACAGGAAUGUUUAAAGGCUGCAGGAUAAGGAAGGAAAUCGAACCCUUUCUCCCUCCCCUGAAGCCAGAGUUUUGCGUGAAACAAGCCAUGAGGGCCAUCCUCACCGACCAGCCCAUGAUCUGUACGCCUCGCAUCGUCUACAUGGUUAACUUCAUGAAAAGCAUCCUGCCCUUCGAGGCCAUUGUGUGCAUGUACCGGUUCCUAGGCGCUGACAAGUGCAUGUACCCCUUCCUAGCUCAGAGAAAGGAGGCCAUGAACAACAAUGAGGCAAAGAAUGGGAUCUAGGGGGUGCUGUUUGCAAUAUGAAUAGGGGAUUCUAAACCUGCAAGUAUGAGGAAACAACCACUGAGGAUGGGAGAUGGAAGGAAAAAAGAAAAAAGAGACUGAAUCUAGACUGGUGCACUUGCAUUGAGCAAAUGCAAAGGUUUACCAUAUUGUUCCUCUGGAACAAAGAAAGCUGUGUACUACAAAGGAUUUAUUUUUUGUCUUUUUUUUUUUUUAAAGUCUGUUUAAAGAAACCAACAUCUAUAUACUGUCACUAGUUUUGAAAUCAUACAGAAGAUAUCCAGUAAUUAACUAUUUACGUAAUGUAGUCACCAGCCUUAUCUAGUGUCAAUGUGGAAAUAUACAGUAUGUUACUGUACAAACAGUAAUCUUUUUUUUUUUUUCACUUAUUUUAUUUUUGUAGACAUGCACUGUAAUUUCUGAUGGGUCCCCCCCACCACAACCACUGCCAGCAUUCUCCAUGUAGAAAACAUUAACACAGCAUUUUGGUCUACCCCACACAGAGGCUCUCUUUUAUUAGGAAACCCCUUUCUGCCAUUUUUAACUUGUGCCAUCAAAAUUAAAGUAAAAGAAAAAUAUCCCAGAAUUUAAGUUUAUAUACUCCUUUUGUUUUUCUUUUGUUCAGUACUUGCAUUAGAUGCAUGUAGCGUAUAUUAAUAUUGUGGUCAAUCCAAAUGUUGCAUAGCCAGAUUGUAGCGGAGUUAAUCUUCACAGCUUUUCCAAUGUAAUGGGAUUCAGCAGAGUCCCCUCAGUGGUCCUGUCGAUGCAGGAAAAGUGCACGAGUGGAGUGGCAUCCUGGGUUCAAUUGACAUGUGACACAUUCAGAAUGUAUUGCUUAAGGGGGAAAUCGAGCUGAUCAUUUACAUUUUUUUAAUAAUUUUUUUUUUGUAAUGUCCAACAUCGGUGGUGUUCAUAAUGUACAUUUGUUAGUUUGUUUUUUAAAGCUCCAGGUUAAACUGCUGUUUCAACACUGAUGUGCGAUUGAGGGAAAUGUAUUAAAGACAGCUUUUCAUUUUCUCUUCUUUUCCCCACCCUAAAGCGAAACACCUGCCCAGUGUCCACCUCGUUCAGUUAAAGUGAAAUGUAUGUUUAAAUGUUGUGAAUACCCCAGUGUCCCCAACUAAUGGUUUCCACCAUAUUUGAUGUAUGAAUGUUUUUAUACCCACCCCCACCCCCCCGAAUUUCAACUACAUUCCAAUAGGCGUCAUCCCUACAGUCAGUGAUGAGCCUAAAUUCUCUACCUCUUCAUUUUUUUGCCAUUUUUAAAUUUUUUUUUUUUUUUUAGACAGCAUGACAUAAGCCUCUUUUUGUAAUUUUCUGAAGACUGCUCCAUAGACGAGCAAAUGUGGUUCCAAUGUUUAGUGUCUCUACCUAACUUAAAUUAAUAAAGUGAUUUAGAUUAUUA